CGCUCUCCGGCCAUGUACAUGUAGGGAUCCUGCCAUCCACAGCGACGAGAUGCGUAAAGGGGGAGUACCCAUCGUCGUCGUCAGCCUGGUGAUACCCUUGCGAAGACUGGCCAGCGGGCUAACUCUUCUUGGGGAGUCGAACGCGAGGAGACAAAUGACUGCUAAAGGGAACCACAUUGCAUGAACCUUCAUGGCCGACGUACGGCAUCGUGAGAAGGGUGGAAGUGUAUAUAAGUAUCCUGACGUGGACAAUUAUUGAAGACGGAAUGACGGGCAGCAUAGCCAACUUCUUGUCAACAUGUUCACCAAUAUGUAUCCCCUCGCCAUCCUGGCCGUCUCGGCCUCGGCCUCCGCCACCGCCGUAUUCGACCAGAAACUCCUCGGCCCGGCCUACCCAGCGGCAUCCAACCUCGCCGCCGCCAGCGCCAUCCGCGCGACCGCCGCCAGCAUCUCCUCCGCCCUGGGGCUCGCCCUCAACAGCGGACACACCCCGUUUGCAAACUUCACCGGCAAGGCGACGUCCCUCUCGGUGCAGGCCGUGUCCGCCCUCGACCCCAACGGCGGCCCCCCGAUCCUCGACUUCCACUACACGGCCGCCGAGCUCAACGCCUCGGCGGGCAGCACGCGCCGGGUCGCCGCGGACACGGUCUACCGCAUCGGCAGCGUAUCGAAGCUCUUCACCGUGUACGCCCUCUUGCUCCACGGUGGCGCCGCGCACUGGGACCGCCCGGUCACGGACUUUGUGCCCGAGCUGGGGCGCGCGGCGGCGUUGCCGGGGGCGGACAAUGCGGUUGAGCGCGUGCAGUGGCGUGAGGUGACGGUUGGCGCGCUGGCGUCCCAGCUAUCCGGCAUUGGACGAGACUACAACAAUGCUGAUCUAGCCAGCCAGGGCUUCCCGUGGAAAGAGGCCGGCCUGCCGCCUCUGCCUCCAAGCGAGAUCCCAACAUGCGCCGGGAACUCGAGCCAGCCGCCGUGCAACCGAAAGGAGUACUUUGAAGGCUUCAUCAAGCGACAUCCCGUCCUGCCGCCGUACACGGCCCCGGUGUACUCCAACGCAGCGUACCGAAUCCUCGGCUACGUCGUCGAGGCCAUUGCCGGCUCGCCCUACGACGAGGUCCUCGCUCAGAGCGUCCUCCGUCCGCUGGGCCUGAAGAAGACGAGCACGACCUGCCCCAGCGGCUCUGGCGUCGGCGUCAUCCCUCCGGGGGAUGCGGGUUGGGGUCGCCCCCUGGGAGACGAAGUCUCCACCGGCGGACUCUACUCUUCCGCGCACGAUCUCGCUGUAUUCGGCCGUGCCCUUCUCACCAGCAAGCAACUCUCCCCCUUCGCCACCCGCCACUGGAUGAAGCCCCAUUCCCACACGGCCUGGCCGUCGGCCUCCGUCGGCCCCCCUUGGGAAAUCGCCCGCACGCGCAGCCGCGUCACGUCCGGCUACGCCGUCGACCUGUACACAAAAUCCGGCAGCGUCGACCAGUACAACGCGCUGCUCGUCCUCGUGCCCGAGUUCCAGGUGGUCGUGUCGCUGCUCGCUGCGGGGCCCGACUCCGGGCCCGUCGUGGAGGCGGCGACCGAGACGGUCCUGCAGGCGUUGCUGCCCGCGCUGGACGGCGUGAGCCAGAGCCAGGCCUGCGACAAGUUCUGCGGGCGGUACGCGCCGACGGACGCGGCGGCGGCGGCGGCGGCGGCGAAUUCUUCGCUCGUCCUGGCGGUGGACGACGAGGGGCCGGGGCUGCUCGUCACGCAGUGGAUCAGCAACGGCGUGGACGUGAGGCGCGCCGCGCAGGCGUACGCGGACGCGACCAAGGGCGGCGUCAUCGAGUCCAUCAGGCUGUAUCCGACGGGCCUGCGCACCCCCGGCGAGGCUGCGUUCCGGGCGGUCCUGCAGACGGUCCCGUCUGGCUUCGACCCGUCGGUCCAGCGCGUCCUGGAUCCCAGGGCGAGUCAAUGGAGCGCCGUGGACCAGCUCAUGUACGGGGAGGUUGCGAUCGACGACUUUGUGUUUCGGCUGGAUGGGCAGGGCAGGGCGGUGGCUGUCGAGCCGCGGGUGUUGCGGCAGACAAUUCAGAGAGUUGGCGGCAAGUAGGCAGAUGAGUGUCUCC